GUGGAAGGAGGUUUGGAUACAAUCAAUCAGGAUAUGCGUGAAGCUGAAGAGCAUUUGAAAGGCAUGGAAAAAUGCUGUGGGCUUUGCGUACUGCCGUGCAAUAAGGGUGACGAUUUCGAGAAGGGAUCAGAAUAUGCGAAAGCAUGGAAGAAGGACGACGACGGCGGUGUUAUCAGUGAUCAGCCACGGAUAACGGUUGGUGAGUCUGGUAUGGGAGUUCAGGGUGGAUACAUUACGCGAAUCACAAACGAUGCACGUGAAGACGAAAUGGACGAGAAUAUUCAACAAGUUUCAACGAUGGUCGGUAAUCUGAGAAACAUGGCCAUUGAUAUGAGCACAGAAGUGAGUAAUCAAAAUCGACAGUUGGAUCGUAUUCAGGAGAAGACACAAUCGAAUGAAGUGAGAGUGGAAUCUGCGAAUAAACGUGCAAAUAAAUUGAUCACUAAAUGA